CAGAGAAGCGUGUCCUGCCUAGAAUCUGGAAACCGUUUUGCCUGCCCUUUUUCAGCCUCCAGUUGCUCGUUCGCCAUUUUGAAGCAGUUGAGCGUAGCUGAGGGAAAAAGCCCUUAAACGACUUCAGUUCAAACGUAGAAUUUCCCAGGAUAAAGCGAGAUCAUGAGCGGUAGUCGAGUCUUCAUCGGGCGCCUGAGCCCACACGCCAGAGAGAGAGACGUGGAAAAGUUUUUCAAGGGUUUCGGACGGAUCCGCGAAAUCAACUUGAAAAACGGAUUUGGUUUUGUGGAGUUUGACGAUCACAGGGACGCUGAUGACGCAGUGUACGAAUUAAAUGGCAAAGAACUCUGCAGUGAAAGGGUCACUAUCGAGCAUGCUCGCUCCAGGAGAGGAAGGGGCGGUGGUGGCGGCGGCGGCGGCGGUGGAGGAGGUGGCGGUGGCGGUGGCGGCGGCGGCUCCAGAAUGGGAGGCUUUAGUGGCUAUCGGCAAUCGCGCAGUAGUGGUUCCAGGUACGGACCCCCGGUGCGCACGGACCACCGGCUGAUAGUAGAGAACCUGUCGUCGCGCAUCAGCUGGCAGGACCUCAAAGACCUGAUGAGAAAAGCCGGAGAGGUGACCUUUGUUGACGCACACAGGCCCAACAAAAACGAAGGGGUCGUUGAGUUCGCAUCCCGAAGCGAUAUGAAGAACGCCAUCUCCAAGCUGGACGGCACAGAGCUGAACGGACGCAAGAUUAAGAUCUUCGAGGACAGCCGAGGCCACAGCCGGAGCCGCUCUCGCUCCCGUUCCCGCAGCCGCAGCUACUCGCGCAGUCGCUCCCGCAGCCGCAACCGCUCCAGGAGCCGCAGCCGCUCUCGCACGCCCAGCCGCACCCCGGAAAAGAAGGCGGUUGGCGGCGGUGGCCCCAAAGCCGGCGACCGCUCCCCAUCCCGGUCCAAGUCCCGCUCCAAGUCCCGCUCCCGCUCCCUGCACUCCCGCUCCCGUUCGCCACCCCCGGCUCAGAACAACCAGUCGCGCUCCCGCUCCAGGUCCCGCUCGCGCUCCCGCUCGGCCUCCGCAGAGAGCAAACACUGAGGAAAAAAGUCGUGUAUGUGAUUUGUGGUUGGUAAACUCCAUGAAGGGUUGGCUUGUUUAUCCUUUUUAUUUUUGUCAUUCUUAGUUUCAACGUGCUUCCACAGGAAAGUCUCGAUCCCCACCAUCUAUUAUGUAUUUGUACUGCUUUGUUUGGUUUAAAACUAAUUCCAUAGUGUUUGCAUCAGAGGGGGAGCGAGCAUAAUUUCAUUGCGGCCGCAGACCUCCGAGAUGACUUGUUGCAUUCACUGCUUUCACACUGAAGAAAGAAAAAGUCCUGUGAAUGUACUUCAUUCGAACAUGUACAUCGGUUGCACAUGAUUAAAAUUAAAAUGUUAUACUGUUUUUUUUUUUUUCAAAGUGGGGGAAAAUUGCAUCCGUUUACCACAUUGUAAUUGUGCCACUGCUGUACAUGCGCAGAUCUAGUACUUUUUUUCAGUGCACCUACAAACAAGAUGCCUUUGGUUGGACUGUGUAACGUAUCAGGGUGUUGUUACACACCGGACUCCCAAUCAGCCAUUUUGUUCAUUUGAAAUAAAAGCUCGCUCAUUCUUGUGAUGGCGAAACAACUAA